ACGGUCCGCCGGUCGGCGGCUGUGUGGGUAGCCGCCGGGCUGGGUAGGGGCGGAGACGCGAGAGGUUGAUGGGGGUCGCCUCGGCCUCGGCCUCAGUCUGUAGUGGAUCUUCAGCCACGCCAACGGAGAUGGUGUCCUGGGUGCGGGCGAUGGCGGAGAAGCUGAAGCAGCGGCUGCGACUGGACGUGGGACGCGAGAUCUGCCGCCAGUACCCGCUGUUCUGCUUCCUGCUGCUCUGCCUUAGCGUCGCCUCCCUGCUCCUCAAUAGGUAUCUUCAUGUUUUAAUGAUCUUCUGGUCAUUUGUUGCUGGAGUUGUUACAUUCUAUUGCUCUUUGGGACCAGAUUCUCUCUUACCAAAUAUAUUCUUCACAAUAAAAUAUAAACCCAAGCAGUUAGGACUUCAAGAAUUAUUUCCUCAAGGUCGUAGCUGUGCUGUUUGUGGUAAAGUGAAAUGUAAACGACAUAGGCCUUCCUUACUACUUGAAAACUACCAGCCGUGGCUAGAUCUGAAAAUUUCUUCCAAGGUUGAUGCAUCUCUCUCAGAGGUUCUUGAAUUAGUGUUGGAAAACUUUGUUUAUCCAUGGUACAGGGAUGUAACAGAUGAUGAGUCCUUUGUUGAUGAACUGAGAAUUACAUUACGGUUUUUUGCAUCUGUCUUAAUUCGAAGGAUUCACAAGGUGGAUAUUCCAUCUAUUAUAACCAAGAAACUAUUAAAAGCAGCAAUGAAGCAUAUAGAGGUGAUAGUUAAAGCCAGUCAGAAAGUAGAAAAUACAGAGUUUUUACAGCAAGCUGCUUUAGAAGAAUAUGGUCCAGAGCUUCAUGUGGCUUUGAGGAGUCGAAGAGAUGAAUUACACUAUUUAAGGAAACUUACCGAACUACUUUUUCCUUAUAUUUUGCCUCCUAAAGCAACAGACUGCAGAUCCCUGACCUUGCUUUUAAGAGAGAUCCUUUCUGGUUCGGUGUUCCUUCCUUCUUUGGAUUUCCUAGCUGAUCCAGAUACUGUGAAUCAUUUGCUUAUCAUCUUCAUAGAUGACAGUCCACCUGAAAAAGCAACUGAACUGCCUUCCCCUUUGGUUCCAUUCUUGCAGAAAUUUGCAGAACCUAGAAAUAAAAAGCCAUCUGUGCUGAAGUUAGAAUUGAAGCACAUCAGAGAGCAGCAAGAUCUCUUAUUUCGUUUUAUGAACUUUCUGAAACAAGAAGGAGCAGUGCAUGUAUUGCAAAUAUGUCUGACUGUGGAGGAGUUCAAUGAUAGAAUUUUACGACCAGAGUUAUCAAAUGAUGAAAUGCUGUCUCUUCAUGAAGAGUUGCAGAAGAUUUAUAAAACAUAUUGUUUGGAUGAAAGUAUAGACAAAAUUCGAUUUGAUCCCUUUAUUGUAGAAGAGAUUCAGAAAAUUGCUGAAGGCCCGUAUAUAGAUGUUGUGAAACUUCAAACUAUGAGAUGUCUUUUUGAAGCAUAUGAACAUGUACUGUCUCUUUUGGAGAAUGUGUUUACACCUAUGUUCUGCCACAGUGAUGAGUAUUUCAGGCAACUUUUAAGAGGUGCAGAAUCACCAACACGCAAUUCAAAAUUGAACAGAGGUAGCCUAAGUUUGGAUGAUUUUCGGAGCACCCAGAAAAGAGGAGAAUCAUUUGGAAUCAGCAGAAUAGGUAGCAAAAUUAAAGGAGUAUUUAAAAGUACUACAAUGGAAGGAGCUAUGUUGCCUAAUUAUGGGUUAGCUGAAGGUGAAGAUGACUUUAUUGAAGAAGGUAUUGUUGUAAUGGAAGAUGAUUCUCCAGUGGAAGCUGUGAGCACACCUAAUACUCCCCGAAACCUUGCUGCAUGGAAAAUUAGCAUUCCAUAUGUAGACUUUUUUGAAGAUCCUUCCUCUGAAAGGAAAGAGAAAAAAGAGAGAAUACCUGUGUUUUGUAUUGAUGUCGAAAGAAAUGAUAGAAGAGCAGUUGGGCAUGAGCCUGAACAUUGGUCUGUCUAUAGAAGAUACCUAGAAUUCUAUGUACUUGAAUCAAAACUAACAGAAUUUCAUGGCACAUUUCCUGAUGCCCAGCUUCCUUCCAAAAGGAUCAUCGGCCCCAAAAAUUAUGAGUUCUUAAAGUCAAAGAGAGAAGAGUUUCAGGAAUAUUUACAGAAACUUCUACAACAUCCAGAACUGAGUAAUAGUCAACUUCUGGCAGAUUUUCUCUCUCCCAAUGGUGGGGAAACACAGUUUCUUGAUAAGAUACUACCAGAUGUUAAUCUUGGAAAAAUUAUAAAGUCUGUUCCUGGAAAACUAAUGAAAGAGAAAGGUCAGCAUUUGGAACCUUUCAUCAUGAAUUUUAUUAAUUCUUGUGAAUCUCCAAAGCCUAAACCGAGUAAACCGGAACUGACUAUUCUCAGCCCUACUUCAGAAAACAACAAGAAGCUUUUCAGUGAUCUGUUUAAGAAUAAUGCAAACCGUGCUGAGAAUACAGAAAGAAAGCAAAACCAGAAUUAUUUUAUGGAGAUGAUGACUGUAGAAGGAGUCUAUGAUUACCUGAUGUAUGUAGGACGGGUGGUCUUCCAAGUUCCUGACUGGCUUCAUCAUCUCUUAAUGGGAACUCGAAUCCUGUUUAAAAACACCCUGGAAAUGUACACUGACUACUAUCUUCAUUGUAAACUAGAACAACUGUUCCAAGAGCACCGUUUGGUCUCACUCAUAACACUUCUCAGAGAUGCUGUAUUCUGUGAAAACACUGAACCUCGCUCUCUCCAAGAUAAGCAAAAACGAGCAAAACAGACUUUUGAAGAAAUGAUGAAUUACAUUCCAGAUCUGAUAGUCAAGUGUAUCGGUGAAGAAGCCAAGUAUGAAAGCAUCCGACUUCUCUUUGAUGGCUUACAACAGCCAGUUCUCAAUAAGCAGCUGACUUACGUUUUAUUGGACAUUGUGAUACAAGAACUAUUUCCCGAGCUCAAUAAGGUACAAAAAGAAGUUACCUCUGUGACGUCCUGGAUGUAAGCAUUUGGAUUUGGGAAAGAAUACCAGAUAGAUAACAAAUUUAUGCUGUGUAGUGUAGUAUUUUCUUUUACUUUUGUAUAUUCUUGUAUAUAUCAUGUAAUCCAGUGUCUGAAAUUUUGAUUUUUUGUUUUAAUAAAGACUAACACAAACUUAA